UGACUGCACCAGCGAACACGUGCUGUCCGUCUGAAUGGUGCAUUUCUUGCCCAUAUUAGUCGAGAAUCUCGGGUUUAUCUCUCGUCGCUCGAUAUUUAAUCAAAGUAUUACCAUGGCAAAAAAAGCCCUUCUGAUCUUGGCCGAAGGGGCAGAAGAAAUGGAAGCUGUCAUCUCUGUCGAUGUCAUGAGAAGGGGAGGAGUGUCUGUCACAAUAGCAGGGCUUUCUGGGAAGGAACCAGUGAAGUGUAGCAGGGAUGUGAAUAUUGUACCUGACAUGUCCUUUGAGGAUGCCAUAGAGAAAGGCCCCUAUGAUGUUAUAGUGCUUCCUGGAGGACUGAAGGGAUCUGAAAACCUUGCAGCUUCAGGAGAUGUGAAGAGAGUGCUGCAACAGCAGGAAGCAUCAGGUCGGCUGAUUGCAGCCAUCUGUGCAGCUCCUUGUGCAUUGAAGGCCCAUGGCAUUGCAAAAGGAAAGAAUGUUACCUCACAUCCUUCUAAGAAGGGUGAGGUUGAGGCUGGAGGGUACAAGUAUUCUGAGGAUAGAGUUGUUAUUGAUGGUCACUUGAUUACAUCUAGAGGGCCAGGAACAAGCUUUGAGUUCGCCUUGGCCAUUGUGGAAAAACUGGAAGGGAAAGAGAAGGCUGAUUCCCUCAUCCCACCUAUGCUUUGCAAAGUCUGAGUGUCUUCAGCCUGUGACAUGGUAUUUCUUGCCGUAGUGAUGUUUUCUCCCAUUUUUGUUUCCGUCUGUCCAUGUUGAGUUUUAGAAUCUCUCAGAUGAGUUAUGAAGCUUCAUAUGAACAUUUUGAUGCACUUAAACCCCAAGUGCGAAGGAUGUUUGUAUACCUGCUUAAUAAUAUAAGAAUUCGCAUGCA